GCGGUAUUAAUAACAAACAUCUGUGUUGAUUGCACACCGGUCCUUUUGAUUUUGCUGAACAGCUCUUUUUUAAUUAAGGUUGACGGCGUUUAGCCACGUAUUUACUGCAUGCUCGGUUGCUGCCAAACAAGAAGAUCCGAUAAUAUGUCGAGCGAAUCAGUAAAAACGUUUUCGAGUUUGGAAACGCCAGGCUAUGUUGGCUUUGCAAAUCUGCCAAACCAAGUUCACAGAAAGUCUGUGAAGAAAGGCUUCGAGUUCACUCUCAUGGUUGUUGGUGAAUCUGGCUUGGGAAAAUCAACCUUGGUUGAUAGCUUGUUCCUGACUGACCUUUAUUCGGAAAGAAUAAUUCCUGAUGCUAUUGAAAAAGCCAAGCAAACUGUCAAAUUGGACGCUUCAACUGUCGAGAUUGAAGAGCGCGGCGUCAAGUUGCGUCUCACUGUUGUUGACACCCCGGGGUACGGAGAUGCUAUAGACAGUAGUGACAGCUUCCGGGCAAUAAUUCAGUACAUCGACGACCAGUUUGAACGCUACUUGAGAGACGAGAGUGGUCUGAACCGCCGGAACAUAGUUGAUAACAGAAUUCAUUGCUGCUUCUAUUUCAUCUCUCCUUUUGGCCACAGCUUGAAGCCUUUAGACGUAGAAUUCAUGAAGCAGCUGCACAACAAGGUUAACAUUGUACCCGUCAUUGCAAAGGCUGAUUGUUUAACAAAGAAGGAAGUUUUGCGCUUGAAGAAAAAGAUCAUGGAAGAAAUUGAAGCAAAUGGCAUCAAAAUCUACCCUUUGCCCGAUUGUGACAGUGAUGAAGAUGAUGACUACAAAGAACAGGUUCGUCAGCUUAAAGAGGCAGUGCCGUUUGCUGUUUGUGGUGCAAACACCCUCCUAGAAGUCAAAGGGAGGAAAGUGAGAGGUCGUCAAUAUCCCUGGGGUGUCAUCGAAGUUGAAAAUCCAGAGCAUUGCGAUUUUAUCAAACUCCGCACUAUGUUGAUUACACACAUGCAGGACUUGCAGGAAGUGACCCAGGAGGUUCACUAUGAAAACUACAGAUCGGAGAGACUUGCUAAGGGUGCUCCCAAGAAAACAGUUGAUGGCGGAGCAACUCCAUCCGUGACAGGCGAAAAGGACCGCAUCCUUCAAGAAAAGGAAGCUGAGCUACGUCGCAUGCAAGAAAUGUUGGCAAAAAUGCAAGCUCAGAUGCAGCAGACUCAAGGCCAGUCAAACUAAACCAAUUCAAAAUAUUAACUUUCAAAAUUACGCUCCUUUAAAUACUACUACCAAAUUUAUCUACCGGAGACCCUUGAGAACCAAUGCCAAAGUCUGUUCAUUGGUCGAGCAUUGAUGAUGGUCUUAAACUCCAAUUUCCUAUUCUGUGAGAUCUCGCACAGGAUGAAUCUCCUGAGAUUAAUAAAAAAAAUAUUCCAUGAAAAAUUGUAUUGUAAUGCAAUAACUAAACUAUCAAAUAUUUUGUUACAAAGGAGGAUAUUGGUAUUUAAUGUGCCAAUCAAGUAUAAAAGAUUAAUUUAAAUUAUUUGCAAAUAGCAUGGAAUAACGGCACCAAUUUCAUUUUGGCUUAAAAGGUGCUUGGAAUUAAAACUUACAGCUCUCUUGUCAGAAAUUAUCUUCUUAAAUUUUAUUUUUCACUGCAUUUCUAACAAUAUCAAAAUAUGUGCCUUUUCAGUUCAUAGUAUUGUUUAGCACUCUAUUUUCAAUUGAUGUAAACCUUUCAAAUAGUACUUAUAUUUAUAUGCAUGACAUAGUUUUAUACUAAUAUUUGCAAUAUUUGAAAUGUGCAUUUUUGUUAUGGCAAGCAAAAGCCCGUGGCCUUGCUUUAUCAGAUACGAAUGGUUGAAUCUGGAAAUUCUAAAAUUCUCUAUGCUUUUUAGAGUAUAAUUAUAUGCAUUAAAUUUUUUACUUUGAAUAGCAUGUAAGUAUUGUGUGAGCAAAAUCAUACUCUUUAUGAAUCUUAUAAUACAAAAAAAGUCCCUUAGCCAAAUUUUAGGAUUACAAAGAUACCAGAAAAAAAUAUUAAAUUAUCUGUCGUUGAUUCCUGUAGAAUGUAUGUUGAAAUAGCUGAAGCUAUGCCUGGCUCCAAUAAAUUGUAAUUUUAUACCGCAA